AGCUGUAGCCAGCUGUAGCCAGCAAGCGAUAACGACCACGAUCACGACCACGACAACGACACUUCGCCGCCACCGCCACCCAUGGCCCCCUCGAUCUCAACGCCCGUCUACUGCGCGCUCAUAGCGGGCAUCUACGGCGUCUACGCGCACUUCGAGUUCUUUGGACUGACCUCGCCCCUGCCAUGGUCGCAGCCGAAGCAGCCGCUGCUUUUGCACGCCUUCCUGCUACCACAAACCCUCCUCCUCGCGGCACUCUGCACGCCCCUCGCCCGUAAACCCGUCGCGGCCGUCUUCCUCCCCCCAAUCCUCGCAAGCUUCUGGCACCUACUCGGCACCGGCGCCUCCAGCUCCGCAUUCGGCUACGCCAUCGGCACGGCAACGGCAUUCAUGCUCUUCAAGACCCUCGAGGUCCUCGUCUUCCGCGACGUGCGGGGCACUUACCGGCGGUACCCCACCUGCGGCGGCGAGCAUCGCCGCACGCACACCCCCGACGACGGCGAGGGCGACAGCGAAGCGUACCCCGCCACCAUCUUCGCCCGCGCCACCUGGGCACUCGACCUGAUGCACGCGCUGCGUGGGGUGGGCUGGAACUGGUGUGUGCGGCUGCCGGUAUCGCGCCCGACGGGCUCGCGCACCCGCUGGCUGUUGCGGCGCGUAGCUCGCGGCGCAGCCAUGCUCGCGUGGCUCGACGUGCUGGUGUGGUACGUGCGUGUCGUCGACCGCGGGUUUUUCGUGCCGCAGGGCGUGGCGAUGGGGUUCGAGCCCGGAGAAGGAGUGCCGUAUCCAAGCCUGUUCGCGGGGUCCACGAAGCCGCUGAUGACCUACCCCGUGCCGGCGGGGUUUCCGGCCAUGCCGGAGGGCGGGUGGGUGCGUGUGGUGUAUGCGGCCGCGCUGCAUGCCCUGCGCACGCUGCUGGGUGCGAGUGCUAUGUACACCACCAUCAGCGGGAUGUACACAGCUGUCGCGCUGCUCUGCGUGCUUUCGGGAGCGGUGCUCGGUUUGCCAUACCCUCUUCCCUCGGGCUUCCCCGCGCGCUGGCUAGCGCCCGAAGCGUGGCCAGACGCGUUCGGGUCCUGGCGGGACGGGGAUUUUGGCGCGGGCGUGCGCGGCUGGUGGGGUCGGGGGUGGCACGGUCUGUUCCGCUGCGCGUUUACGGCCCCCGCGGGGUGGCUGGUGCAGGAGCUGCGCCUCGCGCCAUCGGGCGGCGUUGCAGCUCUGCUCUACGCUACGGUCCCGUUCGCUGCUAGUGCCGCACUGCAUUUCGCCGGCUGCUGGACGCAGUCAAAUGGCGGCUUCGGCGCAGCGAGAUUCUUCCUCCUGCAGCCGCUGGGGAUUUUGCUCGAAGCGGCGGUGGCUCGCGGCUGGCGCCGCGUGGGCGGGCAUGUACCGUGGCUCGAGAAGGCGAGCCCAUACGUCUGGACCACCGUGUGGAUGUGUGUCACCAGCACCAGCUUCUUUGAGGACUACCGUUGGGGCGGCGUGUGGACUGUCGAGCCGAUCCCGUUCAGCGUCAUCCGGGGACGCACGGAUCUGUGGGUUAGCAAGCAGGACAGUGGGUGGUUGGUUAGGUGGGUCGACAGCGCGGAGCAGGGCGGCGUUAUGGGAAGUUGGGGGGUGUUGCUUGGUGGCGGUGCUGCGGCUGGGAAGUAGAGUGGGCGAGUGAUGGGUCGGUGAUGGGAUUGGAUGGGAUAAGGAUUAUUAGACGCUGUAGCGGUUACGAUAUGAUAAGUGGAACCCCGCCUACCCCCACCUUUUUGUUUCGUUC